CCCCUUUUGCUAUCGCGAUACACACUGCCUCCCCUCAAUCGCAGUCUCCGCACAUCUCCACGCAUCCGCACCUACUCUCGGGCGCUCACAAUGGUUCACAAGGUGCUCUUCUGGAGCGGACUCGGCGUCGGCGUGCGACUAUGGCAGCUCGGCAUUGAAAUGCGGCCGCUCUUCAACAGGGAAUCGCUCUGGGUGUACCCCGUCUACGCAGGCAUCGGCGGCAGCUUCGGCUACUGGCUCAUGGGCGUCGAGCAGCGACAAUACAAGAUACUGGCCGACCGACGAGACAGUCUGCUGGAGAAGCGGGCACGGAGGAAGGAGCGCGAGGAGGCGGCUGCGGCACAGGAAUCAUAAUACCGGAGAGGAAUGGAGUUUGGCUUGGAGAGGCGGCAAGGACACGGUGCGCCAUCCUAGCUGCAACACGCGUCGAUUUGGCAUGGCGGGAUAGAUCUGAGCUGGCAUCUCCUAUAUUCGCUUGCUGGAAUAUUGGGAGGAUGAGACGGACGUGGUGCGGGGGCAGAGGAGGGGAGAGCAAUGUACUUCACGACUCCUUUCGAGCCGAGGACUCAUUCUGUACAAAAUCCUCAAUCCACAAAAUCGGCUUCAAACACUGCAAGAUUACCAAUCCCGACGUAUCUGAUAAUAUGGAGCUCUGGGGGCUGAUGUGGCG